CGCCUGGAUGUACUGUCCCCUUGCGGUGAAAUACUGGGUACUAUUCGCCAGGAAUGGAGUCUAUGUUUACCGAAAUUCCGCGUCGAGGACGCCAAUGGAGAGUGUGUGCUAAUGAUCAGGGCGCCGUUUUGUGCGUACUCGUGGAGGUGCGGUGACGUCGACUUUCCCAUCUACUCGGCCUACGACGACAGCCCUGUCGGCAAAAUCACGAAACAGUGGUCCGGAUUGGGACGGGAGUUGUUCACCGACGCCGACCACUUCGGCAUAACGUUCCCCAUGGAUCUGGACGUCCACAUAAAGGCCGUCCUAUUGGGCGCCUGUUUUCUCAUCGACUUCCUGUUUUACGAGAGCGAACAGUAGGUAUUAUGUAUGAACGGCACCGGUAUUUCCAAACGACUUAAUAGCUAUUAUUUGUCACUUUUAAUAUUCCGUUUAUACCUAUAAAUGUCACUAA